GAGGCUGUGAGGGUCUCUGAAGCGCCUGGGCUUGGAUUUUGCUGAAGGAGCUUUCAUGGUCACUCAGAUUUCAGGGAGAUCCGACCCCAAAUUCUCUGAUUGUGUGUGAGACAUCCUUCCCAGGGAGCAGGACAUUCAGGGCAUUAAUGAUGGUCCUGCCCUUCCUAUGGUCCUCCUCUUCCCUUCUCUUUCCCAGGGCAGGCUCCAUCCCUGGGGGUCUCCUGACUCUCUGCUGUCAGGGAUGGCAAGUGUGUCAUGAGCCAAAACAGGGGGCUGAUGUCUACAUUCAUUUCUUUUCAAUCUUACCUGUGAUACAUCUCAGCAAGAUGUAUUACUGAGAGCCCCCAGGGGUCCCUGACCUUUCUGUCGUAUAGCAGUCAUGGGGCUGGGAUAGUUACAGGUAGAGCCUUCUGGGUGAGCUAUGGUGCCAACGUAUUGUUCCUCCUGGACAAGGGAGACCUCGUGUUUCUCGUAAUGAGGGGUUUGGGGGCUGAGUGGGGGGUUAUGAAGUGGUUUGUGGUCUGGGAGCAUUUAGUGAGGUAUAUGUCUAGAGUAGGAGAAAAGAAGGAAGGCAGGUGUGCUAGGGAAGGGCUGGCAGGCUAUGGGCCACCACAGAAAUGUGACCCUAGUGCUAAUCUGUUGUGGCUCCACCAGUGCAGGCUCUUUGCUGUCUGUGCUGGCCUGGGGUCAGGGGGUCUCCUUUGCAGGGUGGAGGUGGCGGGGGGCAACAUUUCUUCUGUUUAUUUUUGCACAGCUUGUGUUAAUUGAACCAUUCAAGGCCACAGACAGGAGUCAAGACCCCAUUGUGCCAGGUGCUGCACAGACACAGGGGCAGGGGGAGAUCCCACCCGAGUCGCAGUGAUAGUCACACUCUCAGCGAUACCUUCCUGCAUUGACAUGUGGCAGACGGGGAACAAAGGGAUGUGUGCGGGGGAUGAGUGUCAGCAAUAGAGACAUUGUUAUACCGCAGGCCAGGAGAGAGUAAAACAACUCUACUCAAGCCCUGGAGAACAUGUGAGGGCCCAUCCAUGGGCGGCAUGGAUGAAUUCUUGCUCCAGUUCAGUGCAUCAUGGGAUUGUGGAGGACUUACAGCUCAGGUCAGGACCAGAAAGGAGCUUGUCUGGAUAGGCUACUCUGAUUCUAGAUGCAGUAACAACCCCAGACUCAGUGAACAAGACUCUCACUUGUUUCCUUGCCCCCAAGCAGGAUUUCUGAUUUCCAAGCCCAGCCUGAUCUCCCGACUGGAGCAAGGGGAGGAGCUGUGGGUCCAGGCCUGGCAGAACUACAAGGAAAGGGAGAUCCCAGGAGACUCCGGCUCAGGUGAUGAUCUGAUGAGUGAGAGCGAGGAGGAUCCCCAGCAAGAAGACUCUGAGCAUGUAGCACUGCAUGGAGAAGCACCAGGAAGGAACAAAGGGGCUGUUUUGCAGAGCCUGGAGCUCGGAGGAGACUGUGAGAGUCAGGCUAGGGCAGGAAGACAGCAGGAAAACCAGCUGGAGAAAAGGAGUGAAUCCCCUCACAAGAGCAGAGUCAAAACAAUCAGAAAGACUCCUCCGAAAAGACUGCCCACUGGGGAUAGAGCUGACACCGGCAGUGACCCAUGGGGAAGCUUUCACUGUAGGGCCACGCUUCAUCUUCACCCAAGCCCUGACAUGGGGGAGAGGACCAACAAGUGCCUGGACUGUGGGAAGAGCUUCAGCAAGGGCUCAGCUUUCAACCUUCACCAGAGAAUCCACCUGGGGCAGAAACCCUACAAGUGCGGUGAAUGCGGGAUUGGCUUCACGCAGAGCCACCACUUCCUCUCCCACCAGCGUGUCCACACAGGGGAGAGGCCCUACACCUGCCCCGAUUGUGGGAAGAACUUUGGCCAAAGCUCCCACCUGGCAAUCCACCAGCGCAUCCACACGGGUGAGAAGCCAUACGCCUGCCCCACCUGCGGAAAGCGCUUUGGCAACCGCUCACACUUCAUCACCCACCAGCGUUCACACGCGGGGGAGAAGCCGUACCGAUGCCCCACCUGUGGGAAGAGCUUUGGGCGGCACUCCCACCUCCUCCUACACCAGCGCACACACACCGGGGAAAGGCCCUACAAGUGCCCAGACUGCAGGAAGGGCUUCAGCGACAAAUCCCACUUCAAUACACACCAACGUAUCCACACAGGUGAGCGGCCCCAUGCCUGCCCAAGCUGUGGCAAGUGCUUCGGUGACCGUUCGCACUACAACAAGCACCAGCGCAUCCACACAGGUGAGAAGCCCUACCAGUGCCCUGAGUGCGGGAAGCACUUCCGCUGCCGCUCAGACCUGGUUAUCCAUCAACGCAUCCACACGGGGGAGAAGCCCUACCCAUGCCCUGACUGCGGGAAGGGCUUCAGCCAGAACUCGCACCUGAUUUCCCACCAGCGCAUCCACACGGGGGAGCGGCCCUACAAGUGUCCUGAGUGUGGGAGAGGCUUCACACAGAGCCCACACCUCAUCUCACAUCAGAGGACCCAUGCAGGAGUGAAACCCCACAAGUGUCCUGAUGGCAAGUGGGUGAAGUGAACAGUCGCUUUGCUGGUUCCCCAGGCAGUCAGGAAGAGCCAGCACAGUCCCCUCAUGGGGACCUGCAGCAGGUGCAUGAGUGGAGGAGGAGAUCACCUCCCUGGAACAGAGUUCUGCAGAACAGGAGACUGAGAGCCCAUUCCCACACCACAAUGAGCUUUGUUGUUGCUUCUCAAGAAGCCCCAGAUGUUGCCAGCUCAGCCCCUGCAUAUAAGUUAUAUUUACCCAGGGCCACAGGGUGCUCCUGGGUUCUUUGCUGAUAGUAGACCAAUAGCCUCUCCUAUAAUGGCAUCCAGGAAUCUUGUGAUGAGACAGUCUGUCUCAUCACAGCAGGCCACGAUCUGCUCUCAGUUCUUCUUGCCUUUAUUACCUGAUAGUCAGGGCUUGUGAAAGAAAUUUGGAGGCUUGGUACCUCCUUUUUUGGGGGGUUCUACUUCCAAUUUUGGAAACAGGAAAUAGUGUGAUCUGAUUUUUGGUCUCCUUCUGUUCUUGGGGUCUUGGUACCACUGUACCCCAUUUCUCCUGGACUCCAGCAAUGUGAUGUAUCCAGAUGCAAGGCCGUUGUUCUUAGGAAACUCCAACCAAAACAGAAUGCUGUCCUUUGUCUCCUGAGCAAAGCAGUUUAUCUUUCUGCAUUCGGCCUGUCCCCUGCUCUCUAGGCUGGCUUCCACCAAACAAAUCAGAUUAAGAUCAGGUUCUUGGGCCUUAUCUUGAACCUCUUCUAGUAUGAGCUGGGCUCAGGAUAUCUAUAUGCCUACUAAAAUUCUGGGAUGAAAACUGUGAUAUCCCUCUUUUGUUCCUCUGGCACAGUGGAAGUCUAUGUAAUAAAGAAAGCAUACAUCUAGGGAGGGAACAAAGCCUUCUUAUGGGCCAGUCUAAGGUAUGAAGGGAGCUCCCCUGGGAGCUAAGCAACACCUUCCUUAUCACACCAACUAUGAGACAUGUAUCUCUGAUCUGGCCUUCUCUGCCCUAUUGCAUAGUGUAUAGUGUGUCUAUUGAGAGAAACAGAAGACACCACACUGCAUGCACUUUUCUGCCUAUGGAGAGGAUGAAAACAAACCCUUUGGCCCAGGUCUUACUCUACCUCUCAGGCACCCAAGUGCAAUCCUGUUCCACCUUGCUUGAGUCCCUGAAAAGCAUUUUGUGACUUAGUCUCACAGUGAAAAUGAUGGCACAUUGCAAAAAUAGAUGCAUUACUGUUUUUUUCUGUAACAAGUCAAGUAGAAUAGGACCACACUUGAGCACCUAAGAUGUGGAGUAGGGUCUGGCCCUAUGUGACUGAUGUUAGUUGUGCUGUUCUUUGCAUCCCUGAAAGGUGCUCAGGCAGAGCAAUUACAGGGCCAGUGGAAGAACCUUUACACACAGAAAAGGUGUUUGAUACUGCCUACCUAAGGCUAUUGUUAUUUCAUCAGCUGUGACUUUUGGUUUAUUACUGACAGUGUCUUAGUUAAUAAAACUGAUGUGUUCAGUAGCAGUGAGGUUUAGAUUCAAAAGGCAAUGUCUUGACCUCAGCUCUUGGCACAGAGGUAGCACAAUGGUUUAUUUGUGCUUUUCUUCCUUUGAAUGGAGAGGAAUAAAAUGGAUCAGAGUUUGUCUCA